AUGAGUGACGCCCAAGCAAACGAGGCCGAAAAAAACAUCGAGAUCUGGAAGGUGAAGAAGUUGAUCAAGCGCUUGGAAGCUGCGCGCGGAAAUGGAACAUCCAUGAUUUCUCUCAUUAUCCCACCGAAGGAUCAGGUCUCCCGAGCAGCAAAGAUGUUGGCUGAAGAAUACGGUACCGCGUCGAACAUUAAAUCCCGUGUCAAUCGUCAAUCUGUCUUGUCUGCCAUUACCUCUACCCAACAAAGACUGAAGCUGUACAACAAAGUCCCACCCAAUGGCCUGGUCGUCUACUGUGGUGAAAUCUUGACCUCAGAAGGCAAGGAAAGGAAGGUCAACAUCGAUUUCGAGCCAUUCAAGCCGAUUAAUACCUCCCUCUACCUUUGCGACAAUAAGUUCCAUACAGAGGCUCUUGCCGAACUGCUCGAGUCAGACCAAAAGUUCGGCUUCAUCAUUAUGGACGGUAAUGGUGCGCUGUUCGGCACCCUAAGCGGCAAUACCCGUGAUGUUGUUCACAAGUUCUCUGUCGAUCUGCCCAAGAAGCACGGCCGUGGUGGACAAUCUGCCCUUCGUUUCGCUCGUCUUAGAGAAGAAAAGCGUCACAAUUACGUCCGAAAGGUUGCUGAAUUGGCUGUUCAGAACUUCAUCACUGCUGACAAGGUUAACGUUGCUGGCAUUAUCCUGGCCGGUUCGGCAGAUUUCAAGAACGACUUGAAUCAGUCAGACAUGUUCGACAACCGUCUUCAAACAAAGGUCAUCAAGGUUGUAGACGUCUCAUAUGGAGGAGAGAACGGUUUCAACCAAGCCAUCGAACUUUCAGCAGAGACUCUCAGCAACGUCAAGUUCAUUCAAGAGAAGAAGCUCAUCGGAAAAUACUUCGAAGAGAUCUCCUUGGACUCUGGCCGCGUCUGUUAUGGUGUUGAGGAUACUUUGAAGGCUCUAGAGCUUGGUGCUGUUGAGAUUUUGAUUGUCUUUGAGAACCUCGAGAUCACUCGCUGGGUCCUCAAGGACUCCAAUGGUACUCAAACAGUCCUUCACACGUCCAAAGCCCAGGAAUCAUCCAACAGAGAGCAAUUCAUGGACAAGGAAACUGGCCAAGAACAAGAGGUUGUUUCGCAAGAUUCAUUCCUUGAAUGGAUCGCCGAGAAAUACAAGGACUUUGGUGCUACCCUUGAGUUCGUCUCUGAUCGUUCCUCUGAAGGCAACCAAUUCGUCAAGGGCUUUGGUGGAAUUGGUGGCAUUCUCCGGUACAAGGUCAACUUUGAGCAAUUAGCUGAAGUUGAUGACGAUGACGACUAUUACGACGAUUGA